AUGGUCAUGUCUACUAAGAUUAUCGAUAAAUAUGCUAAACAACUGGCUGACCUGCGGGAAAAGAAAAUCCAAAAGAUAAAGGACGUUGAAAACGCCGAGGCCGAGAUGAGGUGCAUUGAAGAUGUGCGAGAAAAUCGGAAGGGCCACAAAGACCGAGCGACGUUCGAUACGAGUGCCACCAUUCAGCUCCAAGCGCAGAGAUUGGAUUCGUUGAAGGAUGAGCUCAGAGAAAUUGAGCGGGACAUCAGGGACUUUGAGGAUCUUGUGUCGGGAGCGUGA